AUACACUCAGUGCAGAUAGUCCGCGACCUCUGCGAUUUCUUCUGCCAUCUAUCUAUCCUCCCUCGGAAUCUCACAAUAUGAGUGACAUCCUGCAACAGUACCUUGAGGGCAAGAUUGAUUUUGAGGGGCAGAAGCUCGUAGAGCAGAUUUCCAGGAAUAUCCUCAUCGUUGCUACAGCAGUGUCAUUCGUCGCUGGUUUCGCGACACAGUCACUACAAGUCUUGUUCGGCGUAUUCGCAGCGUUUGUCGUGACAUUGAGCUUGUGCCGCCUGUGUGAGGCGCUCGACGGGGCCGUGCGGCGAAUUAACGCCUCCGCCAUCAACCUCCAUUGCCAUCGCCCACAAAGUACCUCACGUCGCCCAGCUCGUCUUCGACAACCGCGCUGCGGGUGGAUGGACGUAUAUCCUGCUGGUCUAGGCUCCUCCAAUACCUCAGAAGGUCUUCCGACUCCUACGCACGGUGGUCUAGUCGGCGGCCCUGAAUACGACGUGCCCAUCACCCAGAAGCCGAUUACCCAGGGACCUACAUCUACACCCCACACCCCUGACACGCGACAUACGCCCACGAUGGAGCGUGCAGAGAGGACAGAGAGAUAUAGCCAAGCAAGGCCUCAGUCGACGUCGCAAAGGCCCCGCCCCGUGUCAAUGCCACCUCAGGCGUACGCCCCACCCACGGCCACGGCCACUAACGGAGAACGCGAUCAGCGGUACGAGGACGGCCGCCAUGGCCGUACAGAAGUCGGCUCGUCGAGUAAAUCGCGCAGCGGGACACGGGUGCUCGGAGACUACACCCUGAGCAAGACGUUGGGGGCGGGGAGCAUGGGUAAAGUGAAGCUCGCACACCACAACAUCACCGGCGAGAAGCUCGCGGUCAAAAUCCUGCCUCGGGUGCCCACCAGCGGCUCAGGGACGGCACCGACGUCGGACGCGGCGGCGAAGCAGGCGUCCAAAGACGCCUCGAAGGAGAUAAGGACGCUCCGGGAGGCGGCGCUGUCGAUGCUCCUCCACCAUCCGUACAUCUGCGGUAUGCGGGAGAUGAUUGUUCACCAGCACCAUUACUACAUGGUGUUCGAGUACGUGAGCGGGGGGCAGAUGCUGGACUACAUCAUCAGCCACGGCCGGUUGCGGGAGCGUGUGGCCCGCAAGUUCGCGAGGCAGAUCGGCAGCGCCCUCGACUACUGCCACAAGAACAACGUCGUGCAUCGAGACCUCAAGAUCGAGAACAUCCUCAUAUCGCACUCGGGUAACAUCAAGAUCAUUGAUUUUGGGCUUUCGAAUCUGUAUGACCCUGUCGGUCGUCUCGGGACGUUCUGCGGGUCCCUGUACUUCGCGGCGCCGGAGCUUCUGAACGCGAAGGCGUACACAGGCCCGGAGGUCGACGUGUGGAGCUUCGGCGUCGUGCUGUACGUGUUGGUGUGUGGGAAGGUGCCUUUCGACGACCAAAGCAUGCCGGCGCUGCACGCGAAGAUCAAGCGUGGAUUGGUGGAAUACCCGGUGUGGCUGAGCGCAGAAUGCAAACAUUUGCUCACGCGGAUGCUGGUGACUACGCCGAGCGCUCGUGCGCCGCUGUCUGAGGUGCUGAACCACCCGUGGAUGACGCGUGGAUACCGCGGCGCGCCCGAUUCGCACCUGGUUCAUCGUGAGCCACUGCGUGCCGAUGAGCUCGACCGAAACGUCAUCAAGGGCAUGAAGGGCUUCGAGUUCGGGACCGAGGACGACAUUGAGCAGAAGCUGAUCGAAGUGCUGGAAUCGGAUUCAUAUUACCGUGCGGUGCAGUAUUGGGAGCGGAAACGAAUGGCGAAUGGGCAUAAUGGCCACGGACGUUGGGGCGAGUCCUUCUCCAACUCUUCGCUCGCGAUAUCCAACGACGGUAGUUACUCGACAACAGCGACCAAGGUUGACCAAUCGCCGUCGAAGAAGUCGAAGCGCUUCUCUGGGUUUGACUUCUACCGUCGCAAGCUGUUCUCACCCUCGUCGUCGCCACCCAGCACGCCGAUCGCCCAAUCUCCGCCUGGUUCGACGUCGCAUAUGUCGAACACCUCGCUGCUUGAUUCUGCGCGCGAGCCGCCUGAUCCGACAUAUGGCUUCCAUCCACUAAUUUCUAUCUAUUUCUUGGUCCGCGAGAAGAUGGAGCGCGAGAAGGUCUACGGCCCGGGUCAUUUCGCUAGCUCUCAGCUUUCCUUGGAGGCGAGCUCUCGGCCAGACGCUACGGCCGUUGAUGCACCCGCGCCUCCCCCAACCUCGGCAAAAAUGCUCUCCCAGCCCUCUGUUCGCAAACGCGACCCACCCUUAACAGGAAAGCCAGACUACAGUAUGCCACUUCCCCGUCUCCCCGCGCCCGAGACGUCGCACUACUCGGGCCUGUCAUACGACGUCACCCCGGCAACGCCCUCCCCCACUACGUCCACCUUCCCGCAACCUCGCGCGCGCGAUGCAGCGUUUGCGUCACCGAAGCCCUCCCCCCAGAGCCCUCUACCUAAGAAUGUCGCGGCGUCCCCCGCCCGUCUGUCUAUGUCUAUGUCUAUGCCCCGCGAGCCUGCGAAUACCGCACAUCGCCGAAGCCACAGCCUAAGCCAGCGCCCGAGCGUGCGCGGGUGGCACGGCAUGUUUGGGCUGGGCGGAACAGAGGAGGCCAGCGAGGAUGGGACGAUUCGCCGCAGGGACUUCGCGGAGUCCCCACGCACGGCUGGUCCCGAGUUCACCAGCUUCGCGGAUAGGAUGGGACAACCGCCAAGGGAGCCCGCGGGUCCUGAAAGAGAGAGCGAGGAGGAGCCGCGCACGCCACUCGUGUUGUCGGCGGGCGCAACGCUCGUGCGUAAGUUCGGCAGCAUCCUUGGUGGCGGCCGGAACGACGACUCCAGACGAUCAGGUACGCCGACGAAGCGUGGCAGCAUCCUCACCAGCUUCUCUCCCCGACCGUCUACGGAUGGCGAGGUGCUGGAAAAGGAGAAAGAGCCGCAGGCGCAGAAGAAUGGGGUCACCUUCAGCGCCGCGGACGAGAAGGUGGCUCAGCAGCAGCGCCAAUCCGACGCAGGAGGUCCGAUCACUCAGAGCCAGAGCCAACCUGUGGGUUCGAUCCAUCGUCGUGCAGCGACUAUCCUAGACCCUCAGGGGCGCUCGACUCGCCAUGAGCGUAGGAGCAGCACGGGAGCAGCGUUGCUAACUGGUGUUGGCGGCACGAUUGGCCGGCAUAGGAGACCGUCGACUGGUAACUCGUACACAUACUCCAAGCCGCUUGGUGAGAGGUUGUUCGGGCGCACAGACGAGGAGGAUGAGCAGCAGACUGCCGAGAACGGGGAUAACGGAGAUACCGGAGAGCCUCCCGGUCUGCAUGGCGAGGACGACGUAGCUCAAGGCGAGGAGGGCCAAACAGAGGACAGAGAGUUCAAGCCCGUGUACCUCAAGGGACUAUUCAGCGUCGCGACCACAUCAACGAAACCGCCUAAUGUCAUCAAAGCUGACGUCAAGCGAGUACUGGACCGCAUGCAAGUGCAAUACCGCGAGACGAAGACGGGCUUCGAGUGCAUUCACAUGCCAUCGAUCGAUGUCUCUUCCCUGCUUCCCGCUCCCUCUGCACAUGGGAAGCGGCCCUCAAGCAGCUCUCACGAAGACCGCCACCGCACUCUCACCAAGAAGGCGUCGAAACGGUCGUUUGGUAUGAUGAGCAAAGAUAGGGAGCGCGAGCCGAAGGACAAGGAAUUGCCUAGUCGUCCUUCUGGCGCGACGACUCUCAGCACCACUGCCAGCAGUGCGUCCUCGUCGUUCUUCCAUGUGUCUUCCAAUGCACACACUACCACUGUCGAAGCUGCCCGCUCGAGCACGUUGGAAAACCUCGCGGCACCGGAGGAAUCGACGCGUCCACAGUCGCCUGCAAAGGGCAAGAACUUGCCGCCUAUACCCCAUGACCACGCUCCGGCAAGCCCUCAGCCCCCACCAGCGUCCCCCUUGCCCACUGGCCCGGUGGAUCCAAACCUGUUUGAGAUCAUUGGUGCCAGCUCCCUUGCUGUGCGAUUUGAAGUAAAUGUUGUGAAGGUUCCUUGGCUACCCCUCCACGGCAUCCAAUUCCGCAGGCUGGGCGGCGAUGGUUGGCAAUAUCAUAUGCUGGCACGCCGCGUGUUGACGGAGCUCAAGUUAUGACCCCUGCUUUCUCGCGGAUAGCUCGUCAGUUCUGUUUUUGUUUCGUGUGCAUUCGGUUUCAGCUUGGGCUUCGGUCUCCGGCUUCUAUCUCGCCUUCAACUAAUCGCACCCCCGUACAUAUCACCGUAUCGCCGUAUACUCGGAUAUUUUGCGCUUUGAGCUGUGCCAUGCGUUCUUCACUCCUCUUCGUGCUCCUGGUGCGGUCGUUUUGUUUCUACCUUGGGCUAGAACCAACACAUAUCCUUCUUUAUGACGACUCGGAAAUGCGCGCGCCUUCCUGCGUAUCAUGCUGUUAUGCCACUACCUACCUACCUACCUACCUACAUACAUACAUACAUACCUACCCACCUCUUUACGAUCAACGACUUCCUACCACUUGUAUGAAUGCU